AUGUUGCCCCAUCGUCAGGGGAGCACCUCUCAGUCCUCGUCAGGAUCAGGGCGGCGCCCCGUGUCGGACAAGGAGGAAAUCGCCAGAGCCGCCCUUCGCUCCCUGGCUGGUCCCAGCGCCAGUCCCACUACGAACGAGGCUCCGCUCCUCUCACGACCGCCACACCCCGCAGCUACCUAUCCACCGGCACUACCGCCUCCCCCACCGCCGUCGCUUCCUGCACCCGUCUACCAAGAUGCUCGUCAACAAGAUCGUGCGACAUACCAACAGGCGGGCGCAACUGUAGCAGGUCCAACCACGCUUCCCCUGCACGACGAGCUGGCUCCCACGAGAUCCGAGAGAGCUUCUGCCACCUUGCUCAACGAUCGACCCUUCACCGCUUCCCCCGAGCCAGCUCCGACGUCCGCCGCGCUACUGCCUGUCCCCCCUCUCGCUUCACAUGGUCCUCCACGCCACAGUGUGCCAUCCAUCUCGAGCCACGAUCAGAUCCACGAGACCGCUGUUCGACGUGCCUCGGUCGCUCUCGGAGUCGACCUGGGCGAUGUCAGACAGAUCGUCCACAACGCCUAUGUUUCUCGACGCACAUCCCACUCGUCCAACACAGCAUCCUCUUCUGCCUCAGGGAACGCCUCGGAUUACCCCUCUGCUUUUGUGCGUCAGGUGCUCGACGCCUACGACCUUGAAGCAGACUGGGCGACUCAAUCGCGGCCUCCGUACGAUGCACGCUUUGCAGAUCGCUCUGUGGCAUCAGGUAGCACACCUACGACCGACCGAGGUCUGGCACCUUCCGGCACGACCUGGCACGAAUCCGCUCGUUCCUCCCAUCGACCACCACCGCCACCAGCAGCCCAUCAUUACCUGCAAACCGAUCGCAGCAACCUCGUGGCAUGGGGCAGCAGGCCAGACGCUAGACUGCCCACGUUCGAGUCGAGACUACCCGAGUCCAGCUCGCGCUUCGCCUAUCCGCCAAGCCAAGACGCUCGUUGGUACGAGCCAUCUUCUGCCGUCGCAGAAUCCAGCACCAGCAGAACCACGAAUGCUCCCAUGCCUACUGCGAUGCCCCCGCAACGCCCAGACUCGCCUUCUCCUUUCGCCUAUGAUGCGCAUCGAAGAGCGUCGAAUCCCACUGCCCUCGAACCGCCUUCCAUUCGUCCUGCGCGUCCGGCCGCCAUCGUUUCGCGGGCAAGCUAUGGUUCGGUAAGCGAAACGGCUCGAAGGCAUGCAAACGACGGUGCACCUCGGUGGCCCCUCGAGCCGCAGGAAAGCUCCAUCUACGAGCGACGUGUGCGGUCCAUCGACGACUAUGCAGAGCAGCACGCUGUUCAGCAACAGUACCGCCAUCGCAGCGAGUCCAUGACACAGUAUCCUGUUCGUGGAACAGCGCUGGCGGACGCAGAAGGAGAGAGGCUGCCAGAUCGCACAAUCCGAUCCAAUGUCAGGCAUUCGUACCAGCCGUACCCGCCACCGAGUGGGCGAUAUGGCGAAUCACUAUCUACGGUGGGCACGGCGUAUGCGCCACCAGAGUCUCCGCAGCUAUCACCGAUCGCUGUCAACGAGCCGCAGCGCUACCCGAACUUGUUGCAAGUGCGUUCGCCAGCGGCCGAGACGACCACAUCGCUCGUCUCGCCUCCCAGUGCGAUAUCAGCUGCGCUCACACCCUCGCCCCUCCUCACUAGCGCAAGCUCGUCAGCUCGGCUGAGGCCGGACAGCAGCAAGCGCACUCCUGGAUUGGAAAGCGACACUCUGAGUCCGCUGCAUUGUGGCUCGGAAGAUCCGGCCGCCGAAUCGACGCGAGAGGCGGUCGAGCAUAUGCAGAUCGACGACACCGAAACCACCUCGGAAUCGAAACUACCGACCAACAACGCGCCUCGAAAGCCACGCCCAUCGCGCUCCUCGUCCUCUCGAGCGGAUCGCACCUCUGUGCCCAUCCAGAGCACCGACCUGUCACGUUCGGAGAUCAUGCAGAAGCUCCAGGACAAGGUCAAGGGUCGACUUGCAGCCAAAGGCACGCCACUUCCGCCCACUGCGCCGCCAAGCAAGGCUAAGCUGCGGGCCAGUGCGAGCUUGCGAGGCAGUCUGAGUCGUCGUGGUGGCAAGCUGGGCAGAAACGGCUCCAUCAAGCGAUCCGCCUCGAGCAUUUCGACAUCGGAGAGCGCCGAUCGCGCUUCUGCCCCCGCCGUCAGCCGAGCUGACGGUCCAGCCAGAGAGACGGCAGUGGCGCAGAAAUCGGCGACACCGAACACGGAUCCACCCGCUGCCAAGGUUCGGCGCACCUCCGUCUCGAUCGCCCAACCGCCACUCGCGGAUCAGCUCGCAACGCAGACGUCCAAAUCCGCCUCACCCAUGCCCACUAGGAAGAGUUCGCCGCCCAAGACGAUCGAGGAGGCCAUCGCCAAAUCCGUCUCGCCCAAGCCGACCGUCUCCAAAUCGUCCUCGCCGGGGAACAAGAGCGUCCACACGCCCUCGUCGAUCGAAGCCGCGCUUCUCUCCCCCACGGACACGCCGACGCCCUCCGAGGCUGCUGCAAGCCAUGCGCAGACACUCUCCAAGUCGCCCGUGCCGCCCGAGGGGGCGGUCGAGGCGCCGACGGGACAGGCGCUUCCCGCGGAUCUGCCCGCUGCGGGUCAGAUGAACGCCGGAUCGGCCACCACCCAGCAAUCGACCAAGGUGGGCGCCGACUCGCUCGUCCAAGCCGCUCAGUCAAAGGAUCCGACCGAGACCAGCUCGGCCAUGGCCUAA